UCCAAUAAUCUUUCACUACCUUUCUUUUCUCCUCCUCCACCAACCCCGCCUUAUCCGCCCUAAAUGGCGUUCUCUCCCGGAAUACCCCACCGUCGUCGUCACUUCCUUCGCUUCCUCACUCUCCUCUCUCUCUUCUUCAUCUCCCAUUCAAGGCUAACUCUCUACCGUUCAGACUCCAAAGCUCUUUCCACACUUCUCAAAGACUUGGGCAUCGCCAGUCAACGGUUCCCCGCCACCGAUCCUUGCAGCGCCGCCGGCGUUUUCUGCGAGAGAAGACUCGCCGACGACGACACUUAUGUCCUUAAAGUCACCAGGCUUGUAUUUAAUUCCCAAAUGCUUGAUGGGUCUCUGUCUCCUGCAAUUGGGAAGCUGUCGGAGCUGAAAGAGCUCUCCGUUUCCCACAACAGGAUUGGUAACCCAGUUCCACAUGAAGUUGUUCACUGUAAAAAACUCGAAAUCCUCGACCUUCAAAACAACAAGUUUUCCGGCGAGAUACCGUCGAAUUUGUCUUCUUUGGUUCAUCUCCGAGUUCUCGAUUUAUCUUCCAAUAAGUUCACCGGUGACUUGACCUUCUUGAAGUAUUUUCCCAACUUGGAAAAUCUUUCCCUUGCCAACAAUCUGUUUUCCGGUAAAAUCCCAUCAUCUAUACGUUCGUUUCGAAACCUUCGGUUCUUUGAUUUCUCAGGGAACAAUUUCCUUGAAGGUUCAGCUCCAUUGAUGAGCCAAAUUGAUGAAUCAACAGUAUCUCAGUACCCCAAACGGUACACUUUUGCUGAGAGGAAAUCAACAAACAAUAGCAGAAGCAGAGCUCAAGCUCCAUCACCAAUUGGAAGCAAAUCAGUAACCGGUGAAGGUCCUAGCUCAUCACCAGUAACUCAACACCGACACAAAAAUAAGAGUAAAAAAGCAAUGGAAUGGCUGUUGGGAUUCUUUUCUGGAGCUGUAGGUGGGGGCAUAUUUGGGUUCGUCUUCUCUGUUAUGUUUAAACUGGUGUUGGCAACCAUUUUAGGAGCUGCUAAAGAUCCUGGUCCAUCCAUAUUCAGUCCAUUGAUUAAGAAAGCUGAGGAUUUAUCGUUUUUAGAGAAAGAAGAUGGGUUGGCUUCAUUGGAGAUCAUAGGGAAAGGGGGGUGUGGAGAAGUAUAUAAAGCUGAAUUACCAGGAAGUGAUGGCAAAAUGAUUGCUAUUAAGAAAAUUAUUCAACCCCCAAAAGAUGCAGCUGAGUUAACUGAUGAAGAUAGCAAGCUUCUCAACAAGAAAAUGCGUCAAAUCAAAUCAGAGAUCACCACAGUAGGCCAAAUUCGACAUAGGAAUCUUCUUCCGUUGUUGGCUCAUAUUUCUCGACCCGACUGUCACUACCUUGUGUAUGAAUUCAUGAAGAAUGGAAGCUUGCAAGACAUCUUACAACAAGUAUCAGAAGGCACAAGGGAGCUAGAUUGGCUUGCGCGGCAGAGGAUAGCAAAAGGAGUGGCUGCUGGGCUUGAAUAUCUUCACAUGCACCAUAGCCCUCGAAUCAUUCAUAGAGAUUUGAAACCAGGGAACAUCCUCCUUGAUGAUGAAAUGGAAGCCAGGAUUGCAGAUUUCGGGCUUGCAAAAGCAAUGCCUGAUGCACAAACUCAUAUUACCACUUCCAAUUUGGCUGGAACUGUGGGGUAUAUAGCACCUGAAUAUCAUCAAACACUUAAGUUUACUGAUAAGUGUGAUAUUUAUAGCUUUGGGGUUAUACUUUGUGUUUUGGUGAUGGGGAAGCUACCAUCUGAUACGUUCUUUCAACACACUGAUGAGAUGAGUUUAGUGAAAUGGAUGAGAAACAUCAUGAUUUCAGACAACCCCACAACAGCCAUAGAUCCUAAACUGAUUGGAAAAGGGUUUGAAGAUCAAAUGAUUCUGGUUUUGAAGAUUGCGUAUUUCUGCACGUUGGAUGAUCCAAAGGAGAGACCAAACAGCAAAGAUGUCAGAUGCAUGUUGUCUCAAAUCAAGAGUUAAGUUUAAGUCGGGGAAUGUUUAGAAUAAUGUUGCAACUGACUAAGAAUGUUGUCAGAUUGUUAGUUCUUUUUUGUAUUUGUUUGAUGCAUAUCAUCUUUAUAUGCAACCAGUUGUAGUAAAAUUGGAAGAAAUAUAUAUAAUCUGGGUUUUGGACGUACCCUGCUAAAUUUAGAAACAAA